UCGUGACGUACUUCCUCUAAAAACUCGGCUCGGAGCCGUCGACAUCUAAACAAUCCGAGUCUCGAGAUCCCAACACCCGCUUGUCAACUUUUGAGCCACUGCGUUUUUUUUUUUUACACCGGCAACAAGUUAUUGUGAACAACGUGACACUCGCAACGCGACAAUGCCCCAGAACGAGCACAUCGAGCUGCACCGCAAGCGGCAUGGCUACCGCCUGGACCACCACGAGCGCAAGCGCAAGAAGGAGAGCCGCGAGGCGCACAGUCGCUCGCGCAAGGCCCGCAAGACCAUCGGCCUCAAGGCCAAACUGUACCACAAGCAGCGGCACGCCGAGAAGAUCCAGAUGAAGAAGACCAUCAAAAUGCACGAGCAGAGGAAGACCAAGCAGAAGGACGACGAGAAGACCCCCAAGGGCGCCGUGCCCGCCUACCUGCUGGACCGCGAGGGGCAAACCCGCGCCAAAGUGCUGUCCAACAUGAUCAAGCAAAAGCGCAAAGAGAAGGCGCCCCACCCCCGAUCUCGUCUUUCAGGCAAGUGGGAGGUGCCGCUGCCCAAGGUGCGAGCCCAGGGCGAGACGGAGGUUUUGAAAGUGGUCAGAACGGGCAAGCGGCAGAAGAAGGCCUGGAAGAGACUGGUCACCAAAGUUUGCUUCGUGGGCGACGGCUUCACGCGCAAACCUCCCAAAUACGAGCGCUUCAUCAGGCCCAUGGGUCUGCGCUUCAAGAAGGCCCACGUGACGCAUCCCGAGCUCAAGGCCACCUUCUGCCUUCCCAUCCUGGGCGUGAAGAAGAACCCGUCGUCCCCGCUCUACACCUCGCUGGGCGUCAUUACCAAGGGCACCGUGGUGGAAGUCAACGUCAGCGAGCUGGGACUGGUCACGCAGGGAGGCAAAGUCAUCUGGGGUAAAUACGCACAGGUGACCAACAACCCCGAGAACGACGGCUGCAUUAACGCAGUGCUGCUGGUUUGAGACUCUUUAGGCCUCCUCAAGGUUUGGCCGGGAGGACUUUUCGCAGCUAACGGCGCACCCCGGGGAGGCCGCCGUGUCAUCUUUUGAAAGCAAUAAAAUUGCAAAGAGGAAGAGCGA